CUGUAUGUAUAUCAUGCGAGUACCUUCCGACAUGUCGUGUUGUUGAUGACCAUGUCACAGUCUCUUACACACUCGCUGCUGGCUUUCCUGUCCCAAGCUCGGAUCGUGACGAUCCGGUGGGCUAGACAACUCCUUGCCAGGUGGGCGAGCUGCAAUACCGGAAAGGAUCAGGGAGAUAUGGCUGAUGGUGGCGCUGGCUUGCACGUCCACCUCUGACGCCGUUGAGUUUGACCACCUGGAAGCUUUUCUCCUGGUGAUCUCGGCGGCCUUGCCGAAUCAGCUAUCAUCGUGCAUAAUCAUUGGCCCAAUUUUGUUCAUGUAGGAAG